AUGGUGUUAACCGACGCAUUAGAACAAUACAAAAUUCCUGUGGUUAAAGAAGGGUCCAAGCAUUGUUUUUUUUCCACGAACAAAGCAAAAGACUGGGAUUUCGAAUCAUAUUUUAAAUCAACUCAUAACGAGAUCAGUAAAUCCAAGAACAUUACCAAGAUUCAACUUGACUAUAACCAUGAUCUCAAUUGGAUCACUCAGUUGGAAAAGGUACCAAUUGAGAUCAAAGAAUAUGCUUGUGCUCUAAUUAAGAAGAAGAAGCCCCAAAAAGCUGCCUUGAAAGCAAGUUUGGCCAAGCGUAACAAGAAACGAAAGUUAGCUGGACCAAUAUUUGUUAUGAACAGCAAUAUAAAUGGGGUUACAAUUAAUAAUAACAGUAUCAGCAAUAACGAAGUUCGUUUUACAAGUGAUGAUGUAAGUAUUUGGCUGGACUGGAUUAACUACAUGCGAAGUCAUGCAGAUACGUUUCACCAUUACAGCCCAGAAGCUAACAACAUCAUGAGAUCUGGUAAUGGCAUAUCUCCAAACUCUCAUCUAGACCGUGAUAUUUACAACAAGCAAAUGAAAAAUUUAAUAAUCAAAGGCAAUCUAAUGCCCCAGACCUUUCAUACAAAUAUUGACAAAUACGUUGACUCUAAUGAUCUGCUGCUGGCCAAAAAGAUGAUCAAAUCUCUUUCAUUGUUUUUAUUAAUGAAGGAAGACAAUCACCCUGAUACACAUGAUAUGGAAUUCUUGGAACUGCUCCUCCGACAAACUAAGACUAUCACGCUCCAUAAUUUUAAAUCAGAUUUUGUGCAAGGACAGCCCUAUUUAAAGAGUAUGAGCAGACAAUUAAAAGCUUGUAACCUCUAUAUUGAUGAUAAAAAUCAAUAUAAAUCUGACGGUUUAUUAAAGCUUUUCGGGUUGAAGGAGUUAGAAUUGCUGUUGUUAGAGACUUCCGACUGCCUUAUAAACAAGGAUAGAAAUAAGACUAAUUUCGACCAUCAUAAAAGCGUGUUUGGUACAUUGGUGAUGCUUAAAUGUAUCGCUGAUGAUUAUGCUUUUGGAUCAGUUGUAAAUUUUACAAAGGUUAAAGUGUUUUUUCUGCAUGCAGUAGACAGUGAAUUACAUUUCUGGAGUGUUUGCUAUCAAAAAGAAGAUGUUUUCGAUCUCUGGAGAGAGUCGACACUUCUUAUCAAGCCAGACUUUCAGGAUAAGGAAGAUUUCGUACCUAAUUUGAUUCAAUUCUGUUGGUAUAUUAAGAGUAAAAUAGAAGAGACUGUACAAAACAUUAUAGUUCUUAAAGAAGAACACGAUAGUAUAAAACGAAAUUACAGAUACAGCUCUGAACAGCCUGUACUUCUAAAUGAAAUAAUCAACCCAAUAAUUCUCAAGCUGACGAAAGAAGAAGAUAGCCUUGGAAUGUCUAAGCUGGGACCCAUUUACUCCCCUCCACAUCCUUAA